AUGUUUAGAAGCAUUAUUCCUACCACUGUUGGCUUAAAUAAUUCUACAUAUGUUCAUGCAAAUAUUGAUGAAGGUUUUAUAUUUUGCAAUUUAGAUAAAAGUGAGAUAAAUAAAGACUUAGAAAAUGAAUUAAACUCAUCUCAAAAUAUAAUAAAUGUAGCAAAUUCAUAUAAUAUAAAUAUUGAAAAUUUAGAUAGGUGUAAAACACCAGAAGAAAUAGCAAUUAAGAUAUUAAAAUCUCAAAAUUUAGAAAAUAAGAGAAAAUAUACAGAUGAUAAUGAAAGGUGUUAUCACAAAAAUAAAAAAAUUCUAAAUUCAAAUAAUGAGAAGAUAGACAUAUAUGAUGCUUCAAACGAAAAUAUCUCACAACUUACACUAAUGAAUGAUCUUUAUGCUGAUCACAAUUUUCAAAAUAAUUUGAAAUAUUUUGCAGAAAAUAUAAAUCAUCAUCAAAAGAAAAAGGAUUACUUUAUUCCAAUCCCAAAUUACGUUGAAUUAAACCAAUCAUUAAAUCAAAACUCAUCAAAUAAUUAUUUCAUUAAUCUAAAAACACAUAGUAACAAUUUAGAUAAUCAUAAUAAUUGUAAUAAUAAUAGUAAUGAAGUUAAUGAUCAUGUUAUAAAUUAUGUAAAUUUAUUAAAGUUAACAUAUAAAAAUCAAUAUAAAAAUUUUAAGUUAAAUAAAGACAUACAUACUUCAUGUAAUAAUAUAAAUGACGAUAAUAGAGAUAACUUUUAUUUAUAUAAUUAUGUGAACAACCAGGAUAAUAGAAAUAUGAAUAUACAUGAAAUUAAUAAAAUGAAUAAUAUAAAUCAAUUAGAUGAAAUUAAUAAAAUGAAUCAUGUUAAUCAAUUAGAUGAAAUUAAUAAAAUGAAUCAUGUUAAUAAAUUAGAUGAAAUUAAUAAAAUGAAUCAUGUUAAUAAAUUAGAUGAAAUUAAUAAUAUUAAUAAUGUUAAUCAAUUAGAUGAAAUAAAUAAAAUGAAUAAUGUAAAUCAGUUAGAUGAAAUAAAUAAAAUGAAUAAUGUAAAUCAGUUAAAUGAAAUAAAUAAAAUGAAUAAUGUAAAUCAGUUAAAUGAUUUUAAUAAAAUGAAUAAUGUUAAUCAAUUAGAUGAAAUAAAUAAAAUGAAUAAUAUAAAUCAGUUAGAUGAAAUUAAUAAAAUGAAUAAUAUAAAUCAGUUAGAUGAAGUUAAUAAAAUGAAUAAUGUUAAUAAAUUAGAUGAAAUUAAUAAAAUGAAUAAUGUUAAUCAAUUAGAUGAAAUUAAUAAAAUGAGUGAAACUAAAAAAGUGAAUGAGUUAAAUAAAAGAGAUGAAAUAAAUAAAAAUGAAAAUUUUAAUUCAGAUACAACUUCUAUUAAGGAAGAAAAUAUAAUAGAAAAAAAUUUAGUUGUGUUAAAAAAUAAAGAGAAAUAUAAUGAACAUCAAUUGAAUGAGUAUGGUUUAAUAAAACCUUAUUUUUUACCUUGUGAAAAAGAUAACUUAAAUUUAUUUGAAAAUUAUAAUAAUCCAUUAAUAAGUAAAAAUACAAACGAUCAAAUUUCUUCGAAAAAAAAGAAUAGUUUAAGUGAAAUCUUUGAAGAAAAUAUUAAUUUGUUUUUAAAUUUAAAUUUGAUUGACAUAAAUAAAAACAAAAAAAUGAAGAAAAUAAUUAUAUCAAUGGAAGAUUGUCUAAAAAAUGAUAAAAAUAUAAUUUAUGAUAAAACAAAAAAAAUAGAAACUUUAUUUGAUAAAAUUUUCACAAAUAUAAAAGAAUUUUUAAGUAAAGAUAUAAGUUAUAGAAAAAAUGAAAAAACAGAAAUAUAUUCUGAUGAAAAGAAAGAAAAAUCAAAUGAGCAGUUAGAAAAAAAUUUAUUUUCAAGAAAAAAAAGUAAAAAUUAUAAUAAUUAUAAUAAUAAAAUUAUGAAUAACAUUAUAUUUGGUAAUUAUAAUAUUUUAUUUUAUUUAAUUUUAUUGAAUUUUGAUUUCCUUAAAAAAUAUUUGAAUACUGAUGAAUUAAAUGAAAAGGCUCUCUUUAAUUUGAAAAUAAAUUUGAAAAAUAUAAUAAUAAAAUUAUGUCUAAACGAAGUGAAAAAUAAAGUAAUUGAAUUCUAUGAUAUUCACGAAAGUUUUUUAAUUCAACUAAAUUAUAUAUAUGAAAAAUGCUUAUUAUAUAUUUAUGACAUUUAUAAAUAUGUUGAAAGAUAUGACACUAUAUUAGUUAAUUUAAUAGAUUUAUGUUUACUUUCUUUUCAAAUUCAUUAUAAUGUACAAAACAUUAUUGUUAACUCUAUCAAUAUAUUAAUGAAAGUAUAUAGGAAUAAUAACAAAAAAUUUUUUAAAAAAUAUAUUAUAGAUAACUUAAUGUUAAAUAUAAAUAAUAUUAAUUUUAAAUAUAACAAGUUGAAUUUUAAAAAUAAUAAUGUUAAUUCUACUUAUAUACAUCUCUUAACAUUUUUUUUUAUAAAAAUCGCAGAAUCAUUUUCUUUGUAUAAUGAUGAUUUAAAAAGUAAAUUUUUAUUAUUAAAGGAAAAAAAAAAAAAAAAUAAUAAUAAUAAUAAUAAUAAUAAUUAUAAUAAUGAUGAUGAUGAUGAUGAUGAAUAUAAAAUAGAGAAUCAAGAAAAUAGUGACAGUGAUAAGACUUCAAAUUUAACAGAUGAAACUUUUAAUUUAAGUAUAUUUAUAAGUGAAAAUGAAAAUGAUGACAAUAAUAAUAUAAAUAAAAAGAGUUGUGAUAAUAUUAAAAUUAAUAAAAAAAAAAAAAAAAAAGAAAAAACCAAUAAAAUAUACUCUUCUAAAAGUAAUAAUACAAACAUAGAAAAAAAAUAUUCAUUAAGAAAAAAGAAAAAAAAUAAAAUAAAAUAUGAUGAUAUUUUUGUAUAUGAUGAUUUGAAUAAAACAGAGGAAUUAAAUUUAUCACUGAAAAUUAAAAAAGGAAAAGAUUUAAAUAACAAGAAAUCUAUGACAAUAGUAAAACGUGAAGACAUAUUCAUUAAUAAUAGAAAGUCUGAUAAAAUAGAAAAUGAAUUUAAAGAAAAUUCGAAUGAAUCUUUCAAUAAUUUUAUGAUGAGAACAAAUUUCAAAAGAUUAAAUAAUGUAAUAAAUUAUAUUUUAAUAGAAAUGAUAGAAAAAAUUUUAUAUGGAAAUAAUAAAAAUGCUAAAAUAAUAUUGCAAUAUCUUGUUUUAGAUUUAAUUAAAUGUUGUGAUAAUCCUCUAUUUAGUACAAGUAUACUUUUUAUAAGAAAUAUUAUUCAUAUUUUCUUUGAUAUCAUAAAUAAAAAACAUGAAAAUAGCAUAAAAGAAAUAAGUUUAUUUAUAUUAAGAUAUAUUUUUAAAUAUAUAUUUAAUAUAUAUAAUUAUAUCAAUUAUUCUUGUUUUCAUUUAUUAUACAAUUUCAAUAAAGAGCUAAAUAAAGAUAAAUUUAUAAAACCACUUUUUAAUAUUAAUAAUUUGAAUGAAAUUUCUGAAAAUUCCUUCAAUAAAUCAAAAGAAAUUGAAGAUAAAAAUGAAAAAAAAAAGAAUAAUAAUGUAUCUUUCAAUUUAAAUAAUAUUUUAAAUAAAGAAAAGAGUGUCACUAAUUUGAAGGAAAUACAAAAAUAUGUUAAGUGUUGUGAUGAAACUAAAAAUAAGGAAAAAAUGUUUUUAUGUUUGCAUUGUGAAAAUUAUUAUCAUUUUACUUGUAUUUAUAAAGAUUUUAAUAAGUUAAAUAUAGAAAAUAUUAUGUAUGAGGAGAAUGAAUAUUUUGAUAAGAAUUUUUGCCAAACGUAUAAAAAAGAUUAUGAGGAUAAUAUGAAUAAUGAUAAUAAUAUUAAUAACAAUAAUGAAAAAAAUACAUCAAUAAUUAAUAAAAAAAAUUUUCCAUAUAUAAUAGAAUAUGAUUGCGACAAUUGUAAAGUAAAAAACAUAGUCAAGUAUUUUAUUAUAAAAGAAACGCAAAUGAAUAAUAGUUUUUUAAAUUUAAAAUUUAAAAAAAAAAAAGAAAAAAAUAAGGGAUUUUAUUGUUAUGAAAAAUUUAUCAACAAUUUAAAAAUUUUUGUUAUAUAUUAUUAUUAUAUAUUAAUACAUAUAAAUAAAAAUAGAUUAAGUGAAAAUGUGGAUAAAGAUUACAAUAAUGUUUACUCAUAUAUACUGAUUCUCUAUAACGAUUUUACAUUUAUAAAAGAAAAUGAAGAAAUCAAUAUGAAUUUUAAUUUGAAUUCAAAAUAUAAAUCAUUAGAAAAAAAAAAAUCUAGUAUUUCUAUAAAAAAAAAAAAAUUGGAAAAAAAAAAGAAAAAAAAUCAUUUAAAAAAAUUAAAUGAUUUUUUAAUAUAUGAAUUUAAAAAUGCAAAUAAAAGAGAUGAAAUGUUUCUUUCAUUUAGUUCCGCAUAUAACUUUGAUAUAUAUAUAAAUUCUAUAUGGAAACUUUACCUCUAUUUUUUUUUUUAUGAUUUUUUCUUUUUAGCAUUUAAUCAAUUAUUUUAUAUAUUAUAUGAGAAUAGUAAUAAGAAUCUAAGGUAUUAUAGUAUUUCAAUAAUCAAUAAUAUUAUAAAUGACAAUUAUUUAUAUCUUAAAUGUAAGCAAAUACAAAAUAUUUUAUUAUCAUGUUUAACUGACAAUUAUUUAAAGGUUCGAGAGUACACACUUUACAUUUUUUAUAAUUUCUGUAAAAAUUUUUUAGAAAUAGAAUUAUUAAUUAAUAAUUAUAAAAGAAAAAAAGAUAGCGAACAUCUAGAAGAACCUAAUGGUUAUCAAAAAAACCAAUCAUUAUACCCACAGUUAAAUGAAUAUUUUGAAAGUAAUAACUAUGCGGAUGAUAAAGAUAGUAAAAAUAAGGAGUCUGAUAGUACUGAUGAAAAAUAUACUAAUAAAAAUAAUUAUGAAAAAUCUUACGAUGAAUUAGAUAAAAAUAAUCAUUUUAAUUCUUAUAAUAAUUCAAUUGAUUUAAAUGAUUAUAUUACUAAAGAUAUAGUUGAUUCUAUUAAAAGAUGUUCAAAAGACAUAAAGAUUAGUGUAAGAAUUAUUAGUGUGAAAAUAUUAAAAUAUAUUAUUUAUUUUAAUAUAUAUGUAAAAAAAUAUAAUUAUAAUAAUAAUUAUCAAGAAAAUAUAACUGAUAACAAAUUUAUAAAUGAAAAAAUGAAUGAUAUAAAUUGUGAGAAAAAUAAACAAAAUAGUAUCAAUGAUAAUAUCUUAAUAUUAAAUGAUAUAAUGGAAAGAUACGUUUCUACAUUUGAUAAUGAUACCAUGAAAAAUAUAAUAUUAGAGAUACUCAUUGAGAUAUUUUUUAUAAAUAUUUUUAUAAAGGCUACAAAAGAAAACAAAAAUGCGUUACUACCAUCAAAUUUAAAUGAAAAAGAAAAUGUUAACGAAAAUUUACAUGAGUCUUUACCUAGUAGUAUAGAAUCAGAAGAUAAUAAGUCAGUAGAUAUAGAAGAAGAUUCGAACAAAUAUAUAAAAAUAAAAAAAAAUAUGUAUGUCAUGUUUAUUCAUUUACUGUAUGUUAUGAAAAAUAAACAUAAUAUAAAUAUAAUAAAUAAAAUGCUUGCAUAUAUUGAUAAGAAUAUGAAAAAAUAUGAAGACAAGUUUGAAUUUAUAAAUGAAAUCUUAAAUGAAAAUAUUUUAGAAAAAAACAAAAAAAAAUUAAAAAAAAAUGAGAAUAUUAGUGGAAAUAAGAAUUAUUCUAAAUGCAAAAAUAUAGAUUUUAAUGAUGAUUAUACUGAUGAUGAAGACGAUGAAGAUAAAAAAAAAAUAAAUAAAGAUAAUAAUUCAAUAAUUAUAAAAAAUAAUAUUUACAAUAUAUAUGUGAAUAGUUUCUACAAACAUUUAGAAGUGUUAAAUAAAAAAAGUAUAAAAUAUAUUUUAGAAGUAUGGAUAUAUAAUUUAAUUUGCUUAUUUAUAAAAAGUAGAAGAAACAAUAUACUUGAAAACGAAACAAAAAAAAUUAUGAAUAUUUUAAACAUUAUUAUUGAAAUAAUUCCAGGUUUAUUCAUUAAAUAUGUAAAUUUUUUCUAUCCAUAUAUAUAUAACAAUGGAGUAUCUAAAGAUGUUUGUGAAUUAUUAUCUUCUAUUAUUCCAUAUUGUAAAUAUGAUUUACAAUUAAAAUUGCAGUUUAAAAAGGUAAACUUUAAUAAUUCUUUAUUAUAUCAUAAUAAUAUUUUUAUUUCUCGAUCGUAUAUUCAUUUAUUAUGUACAUUGCACACAUAUAUUUUUUGUAACUUUGUUUAUUUUAAAAAUUAUAUUGAAGAAUGUUUUAUAAAAUUACAUAAAUAUAAAUUAUGUUUUCUCAUUAAUAAUUAUAUUGUACAAUUAAAUGAUUUUGUAAGAGAAUUUUAUUUUAUGAAACAAGAAGAAAAAAAAAAUAUAAAACAUAAUUUAUGUGAAUUAUAUUAUGAUCAAAUAAAAAACAACAAAGAUAAUGAAUGCAAUAGUGAUGAUAAUAAUAAUAAUAAUAAUAACAUUAAUAGUAAUGAUGAUAAGGAAGAUCAUCCGAAUAAUUAUUUUAUUGAUAACAUUAUUGAUAUAAAAUAUGAAGAAUUUAUAUGCUAUUUAGAUCAAUAUAAAAAACACAUUUUUGAAAUGUUUUCAAUAACACAAAAUGACAUAUUAAAUAUUAAUAAAUACGCUUGGUUUAUUUCUGUUAUGUUUGAAUUUAUAAAUAUGAAUAAAAUAAUUAUUAAUGAUGUAUAUUCAGAAGAUGUAGAUGAAAAUAUUCAUAUACAAAUGAAAAAUUUAAAAGAGAAAAAAAAAAUUGAUUAUGCUUAUUCUUUAAAAUCAAGUAGUUUUAGUGAAAAUAAUGAUAUGAAAUAUAUAAAGUUAUCGGAUAUUAUAAAAAAUAUUAAAAUUUAUAGUAAUGGUAUUUUAUAUUUUGAAUUUAUAUAUAACAAACAAAUAAAUUAUAUUAAACAAUGGAAUAUUUUGAAAUUAAAAAAUGAAAUUAUCUUUGAAAUUAUAAAUAAAAAAGUAGGCAUUCAAAAAAUAGAAAAAUUUGUAGAUAUUUGCAACUAUAAGUUUUAUAAUUUAUCUUUAAUUCUUGUAAAUUUGUUAAUAGAUAUGUUUUAUUUAUCCAGUGAUGUUAAAUAUAAAUGCUUUUUUCUUCAUUGUUUGAAUAAAAUCUUAUCUAAUUAUUAUAAUUCUCAUUUUAUCAAUGACUUAAAAUUAAGAAAUGUUCUUUUCUAUUGUAUCAAUAGUUCUAAUGCUACCUUACAAAGAAGCUUAUUAUAUACACUUCUUCAAUUAAUUAAAACAUAUGAACAUUUUUUAAGUAAUAAAAAUAAUAUUUUCAUUCAACAAGAAGAAAAAUGUAACUUUAAUGAAAAAAAAUCGAAUGUUAAAAAUUCUUUAAAUAAUAGUAAAAAUAGUGAUAUUUCAUCAUUAGCUCAACAUAGUAUAAAAAAAAAUAAUGAUAAUAAUAAUAUUAAAAAAAAAAGAAAAGAUACAAAUAAAAACAAGAAAUAUGUAAAAAACAAAGGACUUAGUGAUGAGCAGACUAUUAUAUAUGAUGAGAAAAAUAAAUUAACAGAUUCUUGUAACAAAACACCUGAUUCAUGUUGUACAAAUCUUAAUAUAGUUAGUAGUAAUGAUAAUGAGCAAUGUAAUGAAAUUACAAGAAAAAAAAAAAAUAGAAAAGAAGAGAAAAUAAAAGAGGAAGAAUCUUUGGAAGGAAAAGAAACAGAGGUGAAAUAUUUAAAUGAUGAUGAAAAAAAAAAAAACAAAAAAGAUGAUAAGCGUGUGAUGGAAUGUGGGAAAAAAAAAGAAAUAAAUGAUGAAGAACAAGAAAAUGAAAACAUAAUGAAUAUGAAAAAUAGUAAAAGUGCGUUAAAUUCACAAAAUAAGGAUAUUAUUCAUGUUUUAUUAGUAGCUUCCUUAUUUACACAAAAAAUAAUUGAUAUAUUAAUGGUGAAUAAAUUCAUAUAUAUUGAAUGUACUGACGAAGAGUUAAAUUUUAUCAAAAAUUUAGGAGUUCAAAUAUUAAACCAUUUAUAUAAAGAAGGUUUUAUACAAAGUAGUAAAAUAUCUCCAAGUGUGUUCUGUUUGUGUUUUUCAUCAGAUUUGAAACUUAAAUUACGAAGUGAAAAAGUUAUUAAUUGUAUUAUAGAGAAAGAAAAUUAUAAUUUUUUAAAUAAUUUAGCAGAAUGCUUACAAUAUUUAUUAUUUUAUAUAAUUGAAAAUAGUUACAUGAGUAAUAAAACAGAGAACAUUAAUAUGAACAGAUUAUUUUUAUUCAGUAAAAUGGAUUCUUCUUUUUUUAAAAGUCUAUUAGAUAUUUAUGAUAAUUUGGCUGAUAAAAGAUUGAAAAGGAAAUAUCUAAAAAUUGUACUGAAAGAAAUAGAAAACGCAUGUCAUUUUGUUUUAUACGACAAAAUCAAAAAUUUUAUAAGAGAUGUAAAUACUAAGUAUAAUACUACUACUACUAAUAAUAAUAUUAAUAAUAAAAAUGUUACAGUUGAAAUUAAUCAAAUAAAACAUAUUUAUUCACAUAUUAUUAAUAACUAUAUUCCAUUAAAUGAUGAUCAACAAGAGUUCUUAAAUGAACCAAAUGACAGUGCUUCUAAUUCUUCUGCGAUAAAUAAUAAAGAUCAAAAAAGAAGUAAAAAUAAAAAUUUUAAGGAAAACAAACAAAUCUCAUUAAAAAGUGUAAAUAUGAAAAAAGAGAAAAAUUUCACAGUAGAUGUUUCAAAUAUUAGUAGCUCUGAAGAAAAUUAUAAUGAAAUAAACAUUCUAAGAAAAGUUAAAAAAAAGUAUAAUCACCUUUUACAGCAUUAUAUGAUAAUGGAUGAAUAUUCAUAUAUUAAUUAUUUUUUAUUUUUAUAUUUGCAAAUUUUAAUUUAUCUUAUAUCCUAUUUAAACUUUACUACUUAUAGUGAAAUCACUUUAUUAAUUCAUGAUAUAAAUAAAGUGUAUUAUAUUAUUUCAUCAACUAUCAAUUUUAAUAAUGACCUAGAAAAUUUUAAGAUCAAUAAAGAUUCUAUGUAUUCUCUAAAUGAAGAUAUGAGACAUUUAACCAAUGAUGAUGAGAUUAACAAUGAAAAUUUUUCAUUAAUUAAUUUAAAUUUAAAUAAAAUUAAAUGUUUUGUUAUAGUUUUAUUGAAUAAUUUAACAAAUAAUUUAAUAAAACAUUACAACAUAGAUACGUCUAAGUUAAAUGAUUUGAAUGAAGAUGAAGAUACUAAAGAAAAUAAAAUAGAAGAUGAAAAGAGAGAAGAAAAAAAAAAUACUUUUAAUUAUUAUGAAUAUAUAUAUGAUUGCAUUGAAAUAUUUAUAGAGGAUUGUACAACAGUCAUUGAAAAAUAUUCCAAAUUUAAUUUAAAUAUACAUAACUUAAAUAAUGAUUAUUUAAAUAAACUUAUAAAUGAUGGUAAAAAUAAAAAAUUUUUGCAAAAAAAAAGACAUAAAGAAGUAAUCAAACAAAAACGUCUGAUUUUAAAGAAUAAUAUAUAA